CCAGCCCUUAUUCUUCUCUCUCACUCUGUCUCUCCUUCCCCCGCUCUCUUCUCUCUCCCUCUUCUCUCUCAGCGACGACGACGGUAACGGCAAGUCUUCUACUCACUCCCGACGCCGGCCACCAUACGAAAAUUCUCUCUCCCGAGGUGCCGACAGCGGAUCUUCUCCCGUUCCUCUCGUCUCCCGUUGCUGGUUCUCCCUGACGCCGCCGACUCUGACAGGGUUUGAUUGAGUCUUUGAGAGAAUGCUCGGAAGAAGACUCCGUUCAAUACUUUCGAGCUCAAUCUUCAACGCCUCAGUCCGGACACAACCCAUUCCAAUACCUCCUAUAGUUGCAUUCCAAACCCUACAAUUAGUACAGCGCCCCAGCCCUUGUUUGAGGAGUAAUGAAGGGUUUGGUUUUGGGGGUCCCAGAGCAUACAGUCUCCUGAGCCUGAACGAUCUGAGGGGCAAUGUCCCGAGGAAGCAGAGGACCCGAAAGGGGCGUGGGAUUGGAUCCGGGAAGGGGAAGACCGCUGGGAGAGGUCACAAGGGUCAGAAGGCUAGAGGGUCCGGUAAGCUAGGGUUUGAAGGGGGUCAGACCCCCUUACGUCGUCGUUUGCCCAAACGAGGUUUCACGAACCCCUUUAGCCUAACUUUUCAGCCAGUAGGGUUAGGAAAGAUUGCGAAACUUAUCAAUGAAGGGAAGAUUGAUUCUCAUGAGUUGAUUACGAUGAAAACUCUCAAGGAUACAGGGGCAAUAGGGAAACAAAUAAAAGAUGGAGUAAGAUUAAUGGGUCGUGGGGCUGAGCAGAUCAAGUGGCCUAUUCAUCUGGAGGUAUCAAGGGUCACCGUUAGGGCAAAGGCAGCCGUGGAAGCUGCGGGUGGAACUGUUAGAAGAGUUUACUACAACAAGUUGGGCUUCCAAGCUUUGCUUAAGCCGGAGUGGUUUGAAAAGAAAGGCAGGUUGUUGCCAAAAGCAGCCAGACCUCCUCCAAAACAGAAGGAUAAAGUUGAUAGCAUUGGCCGCCUGCCAGCUCCAACCAAGCCUAUUCCAUUUUCGGUCGAAGUGGAGUCAACCCCUGGUGAAAUAUUGAACUGAUGAACUAGGCAAAAAUAAGUUUGUUUCUGUGCAGAAUUUUGUAUUUCUAAUAUGCUUUGCAUAGACAAUUUUGUCGGGCUGGAGAACAAAGAGGGAUUUUAUCACGAGGAACAUUAUUUAAAAAGGCCAUAAGUUAAAGGAUGGAAGUUUUCUUAACAAUGCUUUUGAAUUUUUGAUCAACCUCAUUUCUGGCAGACAUACACUAAUAAAUGUAACAUUAUAUAUAUAUAUAUAUAUAUAUAUUCAUAUAUGUAUUGGGGUAAUGUUUUGGUGCAUAUUUUGUGAUACCCUAGUACUGAAAACUUUUCUGUUUUUUUUUUCUUUCAGUAAAAUAAUUUGAUAAGCAGGUUGUGUGCU